UAGCGAGUUUAGCCGUAAAACGUAUAUAGGUAGUACUGACUUCCCAGCCACCUUCCAAGCAAUUAAAAAUGGCCGACUCCUCUUUCUCUGUCUUGUAAUCCUUCGAUUCUACUUUAAUUGACCAAGUAGAAAAACGCCCAUCAUAGUUUCUUUGCCAAUUCCGCUCGCCACACGACAUGUUGCCGGAAAAUAUAUCCCGGUCGUGGCCAUGCCUCUAUCAUUGUUUCUACCUACUCUGUUUCCUAUCCCUUCUCUCCGGUAUCCGUUCCGACGAGCUUCAGGUUCUCAUGAAGCUGAAAUCAGCCCUCCAAGGAUCGAACUCCAGCGUCUUGAGUUCUUGGGAGUCGACGUCCAAUUCCGUCUGCGGUUUUGCCGGAAUCACGUGCAACUCCAACGGUUCGGUUGUGGAAAUCGAGCUUUCUAACCAGAAGCUAACUGGGACUCUUCCCCUGGAUUCUAUUUGUCAGCUCCAAUCGUUGGAAAAGCUGUCGCUGGGGUUCAACCUCUUGCACGGUCCGAUCACGGAGGACUUGAACAACUGUGUAAAAUUGAACUACUUGGAUUUGGGAAACAAUCUCUUCACCGGAGCGGUUCCGGACAUAUCCUCUCUCAGCGAGUUAAAGCAUCUUCAUAUCAAUAACAGUGGCUUCUCCGGCAGUUUCCCGUGGAAAUCACUCCAAAACAAGACGGGUCUAGUCCGGCUCAGCAUCGGAGACAACCCAUUCAAUCCUAGUCCAAUUCCACCCGAGGUGUUGAAGCUCACCAAACUGGAUUGGCUGUAUCUCUCCCGCUGUAAUAUCCAAGGAACAAUCCCGGCUGGGAUUGGAAAUCUCAGAGAGCUAAUUAACUUGGAAUUUGCGGACAAUAACAUGACCGGAGAAAUUCCCGAAGAGAUUGGGAACCUCUUGAAUCUCUGGCAGCUGGAGAUCUACAACAACUCGUUUACAGGGAAACUUCCUGACAGUCUGAGAAACCUCACGAAGCUUGAGAAGUUUGACGCUUCUCGGAAUCGUCUCGAAGGCGAUUUGUCGGUAUUGAGGUUCUUGACCAACCUGGUGACUCUGCAACUAUUCGAGAACAACCUUUCUGGAGAAGUUCCGGACGAAUUGGGCGAGUUCAAGAAGCUCGUGAAUCUCUCUCUGUACACUAACAAGUUGACGGGUCCUCUGCCGCAGAAGCUUGGGUCUUGGGCGAACUUCGAUUACAUAGACGUGACUGACAACUUAUUAACAGGUCCAAUCCCGCCAGAUAUGUGCAGGCAGGGUACGAUGAUGAAGCUUCUCUUAGGCAACAACAAUUUCACCGGCCAAAUUCCGGCCACCUAUGCCAACUGUUCGAGUCUAAUUCGUUUCAGAGUCAACAACAACUGGCUUAACGGCACUGUUCCCCCCGGAAUCUGGGGAUUACCGAACUUGAAUAUAAUCGACAUUACGUCCAAUUUUAUUCAGGGCCUGAUCACGUCCGAUAUCAAGUACGCCAAGUCUCUUGGGCAGUUGUUCGCCGGAAACAAUCUCUUAUCGGGUGAAUUACCUGCCAAGAUCUCUGAAGCUACCUCUUUGGUGUCGAUUCAGCUGAACGACAAUCAGUUAUCGGGAAACAUUCCUUCGGGUGUGGGUGACUUGAAGCUAUUGAAUGUUCUUCAUCUCCAGAAUAACAAGUUCUCUGGUUCAGUACCAGAGACAUUGGGUUCUUGUAACACUCUCAGUGACAUAAAUAUGUCUAACAAUUCGCUUUCGGGUCGAAUCCCAUCGUCUCUGGGAAAUCUACCGACACUCAACUCUUUGGAUAUAUCAGACAACCAACUUUCGGGAGAAAUUCCGGCUAGUUUUUCGUCUCUCCGGCUAAGCUUUCUCGAUUUAUCCCACAACAGGUUGGCCGGUCCCAUACCGCAAGCUCUGUCAAUUGCAGCAUACAACGGCAGCUUUACUGGGAACCCAGGCCUCUGCAUCCUUGGCAUCACCUCCAUGUUCCGGCGCUGUCCCUCUGGUUCGGGCAUGUCCAGGAAUGUCCGAACACUCAUUAUUUGUUUCGCAGUAGGUACGGCCAUCCUACUACUGUUUUUGGUGCGGUUCUACUAUUCUAAGAAGGGGGAAAAGGAUGAUCAAGGCCGUUCAUUGAAGGACGAAUCCUGGGACGUGAAGUCCUUCCACGUGUUGAGCUUUACGGAGGAUGAGAUUCUUGAUUCCAUCAAGCAGGAGAAUCUAAUAGGAAAAGGUGGUUCUGGGAACGUGUACAAAGUGCUACUCUCCAACGGCAGAGAACUUGCAGUCAAGCACAUAUGGAACUCGGAUUCAAGUGGUAAUGGCCGGAGAAAGAGCCGGAGCAGCACCUCCCCGAUGCUCGCGAAGCGCGGGGGGAGGUCGAAGGAAUUCGACAGCGAGGUGCAGACCUUGAGCUCAAUAAGGCAUGUGAAUGUGGUGAAGCUGUAUUGUAGUAUUACAAGCGAGGAUUCGAGCUUGUUGGUGUACGAGUAUUUACCAAAUGGGAGCCUUUGGGAUCAGCUGCACACAGACCAGAAGAUGCAGCUUGAUUGGGAGACAAGGUACGAGAUUGCUGUCGGUGCAGCCAAAGGGUUGGAGUAUCUGCAUCAUGGGUGUGAGAAGCCAGUGCUUCACAGGGAUGUGAAGUCUAGUAAUAUAUUGCUGGAUGAGUUUUUGAAGCCAAGGAUUGCUGAUUUUGGACUUGCUAAGAUUGUUCGAGCCAAUGGUAACAAGGACUCCACCCAUGUCAUUGCUGGAACACAUGGCUACAUAGCUCCUGAAUAUGGGUACACAUACAAAGUAAAUGAGAAGAGUGAUGUGUAUAGUUUUGGAGUUGUAUUGAUGGAACUGGUGUCCGGAAAAAGACCGAUAGAGCCGGAGUUUGGGGAGAAUAAAGACAUAGUGAAUUGGGUUUGCAGCAAUCUAAGGAACAAGGAGAUGAUACUUGGUAUGGUUGACUCUGGAAUUCCAGAGGCUUCAAAGGAAGAGGCUAUGAAGGUACUGAGAAUUGCAAUUCUCUGCACAGCAGCGCUUCCAUCUCUUAGACCCACAAUGAGAAGCGUUGUGCAAAUGCUUGAGGAAGCUCAACCGUAUAGAUUGAUGAAAAUUAUCACUGCCAAAGAUGAUGGUAGUAAGAAAAAGGAAGUGAUUAGUACAGAGAAAAAGAACCCAGAACUUUAAGCUUCCAAAAUUUGCUGAGUUGGGAUUCAGAAUUUUUGGUCAUAUCUCCAUUCCCUUGCUGAAUUUGACAGGUAUUAUCAUACAAUAUACAAAGACUCAAGAUCGUUUGUAAACUUAUCACGCCAAGUCACGUCAAUUUGUAAAAUUAUUUUUGUAAUAUCUCUUUGUAGACCUAGCGCUUUUCUUUGUAAAAUAUCAGCUAGAGUCUGUAGUGAAGUUUGCAAUAUUCGAAUGUAAUGUAUGUUGAGGAAUAAUUUCACAUUGCCUGUGAACAAA